AUGUCAGAGGAAAAGAGAGAGGCCAAAGAUGCCGCUGAACUAUUGAACUCUUUGUCGCUGAACAAAGCCAACGAUAAUGAGACUCAACCUGAAGCCAAGCAAGAAGUUGUAGAAACCGGGAAAACUGAAGAAUCUAUUAAACUGGAAUCAAAAUCGGAGCCAAAGACCGAAGCUGAGCAGAAGGAAGACUCAAAUUUGAUUAAAUCAACAUAUGAGGUUAAGGUGAAAUUGGCAGAUUUACAGGCAGAUCCAGACUCACCACUAUUUUCAGUAAAAAGUUUUGAGGAAUUAGGACUUUCUCCUGAAUUACUGAAAGGUCUUUAUGCCAUGAAGUUCCAAAAGCCUUCUAAAAUUCAAGAAAAGGCAUUACCCCUAUUGUUGUCGAAUCCCGCUCGUAACAUGAUCGGGCAAUCUCAAUCAGGAACAGGAAAGACGGCUGCGUUUUCAUUAACUAUGUUAUCUCGUGUCGAUGAGUCCAAACCAGUGGUUCAAGCAAUUUGUUUAUCUCCUGCUAGGGAGCUUGCUAGACAGACAUUAGAAGUGGUCCAGCAAAUGGGCAAAUACACCAAGAUCACCACACAAUUGGUUGUGCCUGAGGCUGUGCCAAGAGGACAGCCUGUAACUGCCAAUAUCCUAGUUGGAACUCCAGGAUUGACACUGGAUUUGAUUAGAAGAAAGCAGAUCGACACUUCAAAUGUUAAGGUGUUCGUUUUGGACGAAGCCGAUAAUAUGCUAGAUAAGCAAGGUUUGGGAGACCAAUGUGUUAGAGUCAAGAAAUUCUUGCCGCAGACAGCUCAAUUGGUGCUAUUUUCAGCCACAUUCCCUGAUGAAGUUAGAAAAUACGCUGGUAAGUUUGUGCCCAAUGCUAACAGCCUGGAGUUGAAACAUGAGGAAUUGAAUGUAGAUGGUAUUAAACAAUUAUACAUGGAUUGUGAUAGUCAGGAGCACAAAUUUGAUGUUCUCUGUGAGCUGUAUGGAUUACUAACUAUCGGAUCCUCGAUUAUUUUUGUACAGAGGAAAGAAACCGCCAACAUGUUAUACAAACGAAUGAAGGAUGAAGGACACACAGUCUCUAUCUUACACGGUGACCUGGAGAGUUCUGAAAGAGACAGGCUUAUUGAUGACUUUAGAGAAGGUAGGUCAAAGGUUCUGAUAACCACUAACGUGCUUGCCAGGGGUAUUGAUAUUGCAUCGGUAUCUAUGGUUGUCAACUAUGAUCUUCCAGUAGACAGACAGGGAAAUGCUGAUCCUUCGACAUACUUGCACAGAAUUGGAAGAACUGGUAGAUUUGGUAGAGUUGGAGUUUCCAUUUCCUUUGUGCAUGACAGGACAUCAUACGAGCAACUUAUGGCCAUUCGAAAGUAUUUUGGAAAUGUGGAGAUGACUCGUGUUCCUACUGACGAUUGGGAUGAAGUUGAACAGAUUGUCAAGAAGGUGAUUAAGAACUAA